AUGACCCUGCAGAAACAACGAGAAGCAGAGCAGAAACUGAGUCAGUUUGUCAAGUUGACACCGGUCACGCCCCCCUCUUCCAUGAACCCGUUGUCCAGCGGGGGAGGGGUGGUGGGAGGUGCCCCGACUGGUUGCAACAUGCCAAUGACCACAGCUGUCCCCCAUGCCACAGCUCCAUCCGCCCCACCCCCACUACCACUGCCCCAGCAGCAACAUCGGCAACAACACCCAAUCCAGCAGCAGCAGCAGCAGCAGCAACAACAGCAGGUCAACAGCCAAGCCCCUGCCCCUCAGUAUGCAAGCGACGUGGACACUGCGGGCAACACAACAGAGAGUAGUCGUCCAGUCACGCCUGGCUCUGAUACAUCCUUACCUCCGUUUCCCUUGGUUACGGACGGGUCGUAUUCAAGCCCGACGCAGUUGGACAACAUCUUAUUGUCAUCAUUAUGGACACUCAGCACCUGGCACAUCCACUUGAAGAUGACUGGAAAAUGGACAGAUCAAAACAUUAUAAAAUUCAACAAAAAAGAAUAG